AGAUCAAUUGGUUGCUUAUUAAGGAUUUACAAAGAUUAAAUCACGUAUUAAUUACGAGUAAGAAAUUGUUCAAUAAAGACAUAAUACAGACCUUGUUGCUCUAAUUGCUACAUGCAUAUCACACACAUUAACACUUUAAUGGCAUAUAAUUAAUAACGUGUUUGCUAAAAUAAAGUGUUACUAUAUUGGUAGGCCUACUAUGAAUAUAUAUUUAUAUCUGUUCAUAUUUGUCUUUAUGUUAAACUUUAUUCAACAUAAGUUAUGCAGUUAUGUGCAAGAAUAUUGCCGGAUGACCUUAUAUGGGUUUGCGCUGGCAAGAAGGGCUGGAAUCUCCGAGUGAGUCACGAGCUCCAGUCGGGGGCUGCACGCAGCCAUGGUAAUAAAUCCAGCCCAAAUACCGCUUUCACUUACAUUUCUGACCAGUUUGGGUGUUUGAAGGACCUUAAAUAAAGGACGAUCAAUCCGUUUUUUUUUUAUUUGACGGUUGGAAUUUGAUAUGUAUAACGCAGCAUUGGGAAACGUAGCUGUCCUCGCGUUGACUCUCAUCUCCGCGAUUUCAGGUGACAAUUAUCCACCUCCGGCGCAGAAUGUAGCGUGGUCUUCCUAUAACUUCAAGACAAUUUUAACUUGGAGCCCCAAACCUACAAAUUACUCUUACAGCGUGCAGUACUCAAGACUGAGCGAGGACAAGACCAUGCACUGCAUCCGCACACGGGAGACGGAGUGUGACCUGACCGAUAAGCUGGAGAACCUGAGGAGCACCUACACUGCUAACGUGAUCUCCGAGCCCCUGCCCUCAGCCAAAACAGACUUCGUGGAGCUCCCAUACGCCUCAGCACCUCACUUCUGCCCCUAUAAAGAAACAAAAAUAGGAAGUCCGAAGUUUAAGGUGGUUCAGAACGAGGACACGACUAAGAUGGAGCUCCACGUCCAAGAUCCCCUGACGGCCAUAAAGAGAAAUGGGCGCCCGGUAAACAUCCGAGAGAUCUUCAUGAGUGACCUGAUGUACAAAGUCCAGUACAGCAAAGCUGGAAGCACAGGAAAAAGCAAGACCCAGAACCACAGUAAUGUGGUGAAGAUUAAGAAGCUAGAGAGGGGCGUGAGCUACUGCUUCACUGUGGCUGCGUACAUCAAAUCCCGCAAACCGCAACAUCAGAUGGGUGCAUGGUCCAUUCCCGUCUGUUGGCCUCCAAAGACAGCAUCUUUCUUUGAGGAGGUCAGCUGGUACGUGUUGGCAGGAGGGGCCACCAUCCUUCUCUUCAUCCUUAUUCUCCUGAUCAUCAUGAUUGUUCUGUGCUGCAAGAGGGCCCGGCUCUCCAAGCAGGUGAAGAUCGAAGCAGCGUCUGGGACGACAACGACUACUGUAUAGAACGCAUCGCUGGGGAUGAAUCCAAGUCCCGGGACAUUUGUACAGCACUUUGCGGAGUGUGGCUGGUCCACACUCCUCUCUUUGGGAGAAGCCAUCUUGCACUUUUUAACCUGCCCGUUUCAUAACCUG